AGCAUCCAUGUGAUCACAAAAACAUAAUUUUCACAAGAUUAGGAACGCUUAGCUGGAGAGAGACGCAGGGGACAAGCCUGUAUGCAAGAACAACCGCUCUUUUACUUAGCUCCGGUGUACAUAUGUACGUAAAUGAGUGUGACUUCGUCAUCAUAGGGCGAGCAUGAGUAAUUACACAUAGAUACAUGCGUGCGUACAUACAUAGAUGACCAACAAAAAGAUAUUUCAACUACAUCAAUAUAUGUCAACUGAGAGGAAGUAUAACAAACACAAAAUUGUUGUUGAGAUGUUACUUCCUGUGAAGUAAGACGUCCAGAUAUCUGUGAAGCACUUAGUAUAGUGUGAUACAUACGAAGAAUAAAACAGGAAAUUGAUGUACAGUAAUAAUAGUGUGAAGUGUGUACACACCUAUUAAUAUAAACAAUACUUGUCGAUAGAUGAGAAAUAUUCUGUCAGUAAAUGUUAAGAUAUAGUGUGACUAGUCUUCUUUAAGACAAAGGCAAAACAAGACCACAGAAAGAUAGCCAUCCCUCAAAGAAUGAAUUAAUUACGAGAUUACAAACCAUCAAUAAAAAAGAAAGAAAACUUGUAUUAAAUAAUGAAGAACUUCCAAACAACACCAAUUCUUGAAAGGAAUAAUUCAACAGAUUCAGACCAAUCACAUAUACUACAUUUCCAUGCAAGAUUAAUUACUUAUAUUGGCGCUACCAUAUCUAUUGGAUUAUGCAUCAUCACUCUUUGUGUCUUGAUUUGGUACAUCAGGAAACAAAAAACUUUAACUUUUGAGCAAGUUCCAGUAGAAGAUGGCAAUACAAACGAUGCUAAAAGUAACACGAAAAACGUAUACGAUGACUUCCAAUAUCUCCGAUGUAAAAUCACUGAGAACAACACGCAACAGAGUGACAACAGAAUGCAACAGACCAGUGUUGUCUAUGAAACACCGACAAUACAAAGGGAACACGUGACACCAAGAGGAAACAUUGCAGAUGAAGAUGCAAAUAUUUAUGGCAAUACUCUGCAACACCAGAGGCUUGAAAGGCAGCCCACAAAUGAAAUAUAUAUGAACAUGGAUACCAAUAGAUAGAAGAGGUAGAGUAAUUAGAAGAGGACUUGUACAUAUCUUAAUCAAAAAUGUCUACUGAAUUUUCCCCUUGUCUGUAUUCCAUUUGUUUUAGCUAAUACAGCUAAGGCCUACCAGGACAUGUCAGGUCAGAGCAGCAAUGUUAUAUAUAUUUAUUCAAACUGAGAUUUUUAGCCUACAUUUCAGUAAUGGCCUAAAAUAUCAAUUUUAAAAUAUAUGCAGGAUGGGCCAAAAGUCACGCACCAAAACAUUUGACAUUUUAUUUAUAACAUGUUGUUUUAUGCUUUUAUUUGUUUGUCAUUUGACUGCGACCAUGCUGG